CCUGUGUUCUCGUUCACCGCGCGCCGCAGUCGGCACCAAGCGGCGAAGGUCGCCUUUGCUCCUAGUAAACACAUGUGGAUUGGGGGACGCAUAAGAGCAUGGAAGCUGUGGCAGCUAUGAUAUGAUGACCUCGACAUGUCCUUGAAACGCCUCCAUUGUCAACUGAACUCGCACGGGCGCCAGACCGUAGCAUCCACUAAAGUUUUGUCUUCACCUUCGAUCACGUUUGCAUGACUGGAUACAGCGUGCAUGCUUGACGUUACAAGACAACGAAUCUCUCCUUCACUGUGCACCACAAUAGCCAGAUUCGGUCGUCCUGCCGCCCGAGCUAGCAGCAAGUCACCCUCACCUUCACCACGUGUGCGGCAGUCUCGACAGAUAGUCACUGUCUUCAGCUCGAUGGCUCCAUUGCCUAAACACGACAACCCAACAAUUCCGCAGACACGAUGCAACCAGAAUACACCAUCUUAAGCUCCGAUUCAAGCAGCUCGGGCGACGACGACGAUAUCAUCUUCGUCCGAUCGGUCGAAAAGCCACGCGCCUCGAAGGGCAACAAUCGUCCAGCCAAAAAGCGCCCAAACCCCAAAAACGUCUCAGCUCAGGCGGUUUCCCCAAGCCCGGCGACCAGGAAGCGGAACGGCGGAUAUCAGGACACAAAGCGCACGAAAAUCAACAACGCGUCGGCUCAGGCUGUCACUCCUAGCUCUACGGCCAGAAAGCGAAGCGACGGUGAUCAAGCUACACCACGCGUCAACUCCAACAACAUCUUCGCUCAAGCUCUCUCCCCAAGCCCUGCGGCCAGAAAACCAGUCAGUAUUGGUCAAGGUCCAACGCAUACAGAACCCUACGACUUCUCGACCUGGGCAGUCUCCUCCAGCUCUGCGGCUAGAGCGCAAAUCGGCAAUAGAGAGGCCUUGACGAUUGCUGCUGAGAUCAACACCACGACUCGUGGUUCAGGACAGAACGAUACAUCCAUGCUCGCGACACGCAAAGUUCUGGAAGCAGCAUUGGGCAAGGAGGCUUUGGAAAGCCAAGAGAAAUCACUCGUGGAAAAGCAAAAGCGUACUGAUCAGUAUAUUGCGCGGCUGGAAGAAGCAGUCAAGCAGAAGGGAGGAGUAAAUGUUUCGCACAACCUCAUCGCCCAGGAUCAUAUAGCCAUGUUGAAGGCGAGGUAUGAGACAACGGAGAAAAUCGCCUCGACAGAGAUCAAGAUACUUCGCGAGAGUAACAAGAAGCUCACAGAGGACAAGACAAAGCUUACGCGCAGUAUCAAGCUAGUUCGAGACGGACAUGGCGCUGUGGAGGCCAUGGCACAAGAAGACGCUAGCGCGGAGAUUCAGAUACUUCGUGAGAACAACGAGAAGCUCUCUGAUGAGAAGAGCCAACUUUUGCGCAGCAUCAGUGUCAUCCAAGACGAGACUCGUAUGUGGAAGACCAAGGCAAAAAAGAAAGAAGCUGCCGGAGAAGAUCUGGAGAUACUGCGUGAACGCAACGCGAAGCUCACAGGAGAGAAUGCUGAACUUGUACGCAAUGUCGAGCAACUCAAAGACGAGCACAGUACUCUGCGGGCCAAUGUCUCCGCCUUGACACUGGACAUCUGCGAGCAGAAGAAGCUCUUCGCGUCCAAAAAGAUGCGACGAUCCAAUGGAGACGUCAAGGUCGCCACAACUGAGACUAAGAAACUCAAGAAUGAGAUCAAACGCUUCAAGGCAAGGAACAAAUGGUUGACUGAGCAAAACACCGACUUUUCCGGCAAACUCGCGGAACUGGAUACUGAGCGCCGUACCACUCUCGACUACCAGAAAGCCGCAAAACAGUCAGCAGAAGAAACUUCACUCGCACGUGAGCGCAUCGGGAAAUUGCAACAACAACUCGCCAAGCUGGAUCAAGAUUUCCGCGAGCGAGGUGAACAGCUUACCGAGCUUAGCCGGGACGCCGAGUCGAAGCGCAAGAUCAAGAAUCAGAAUAAGGCAGCCAUCAAAGCUAAGGGCCUGGUACAGACGCGUAUGGUAGGUAUGUUCACGAACUAUCGGAACCUCUUCAAGAAGAACAAGGCUCUGCUGGAGAAGCUGAAUUCGACGGCUGAGGCGGGAGCAGCUGGUCAGGAAGGAAAGACGUACCGCAAACAGCUGAAACUGUUGAAGGGUCUGCCGCUGAAGAAGCUGAGCGAGUUCAAGAGUCAGGACUAAUCAACUUUGUCGGCGGCCGUGUACGGCGAGGAGGU